AUGCGCGCGGAAUCGGAGGAUGCUAGGAGCGAACUCCGGCGUCGCAUGCGCGAUGUUGUGCGUGUUAUCGAUGAGACGCUUUUGCUCCAUGGACGUCGCACGAGCACCAACAACCUCCCUAGAUAUGUAGCUGGCACGCUUGAGCGGGGUGACUUCUUCAGUAGUCUUCCCCAUGUGUCGUCAGAGGCAGAGUUUCCGUCGGAGCAGCGACGGCGUGAACUACAGGAGCAGCGUGAAGACGCGCAGCGGCAUUUAGAAUCGUUAAAGCGUGCACGCGAACGACGGGGGAAGCGGCGAGAGGUAGCACCGGAGAGGUCAGAUGCCUCAGCUCCGUUGAUUGUUCCAUCGCAUUGUAGGGGGUUGGACCUGCAGCGGCAGCUUCCAGCCCCGUUGAUGCUGACGACACCAGACACGCCAGCCGCUCUGGACAGUAGCUUGAAUCAAAUGCAUGAUGUGCAGGAGGGGGGCGGAAGCAGUUUGGCACCUCCAGAGGCGUUGGCGCAUGUGGCGGUGUUGGAGGAGGAGUUCCGUAGGCGCCUUACUGAGCGUCGUGCGGAGGAGCAAAGUCGUUUGGAGGAGUUGCGCACAGUGCGCCGCACGGCGUUAGCGACCCGUGAAAAGGCACUUGCUGAGGCGCAAGUUCAGAUUGAGCGAAUGGAAUCAGAGCGAAUCGCCAAGGUGCUUCAAAUUGAAGGUGAUGUGAGACGCAGCUUGGCGGUGUCGCAGGAGUGCCACAUCCCCACUGAGGAGGAAAUUCGAGCGAUUGAGGCUCACGAAGAGGCGCUCGCGGCACUCCGCGCCCACACAGGUAUUGGAACUACAUCCGCACCGCCUGUUCACCUUCCUGCUCCUUCUUUCACUUCAGCCAUUGCUCUUUCGGCUUCACAUGGUGAUUCGUCAUUACAACGCGGAGGCGCUCCCAUCAAAGCGACUCGUUCCCCACCUGUAGAUGGAGUUUUUGCUUUCUCAACGCCUUUGCAGACAGAUUUAUCGUCAUCGCCCAUGGAGCCUGGGGGAACUUCCCUCCCAUCCCCAUGCAAUUAUCACCACACGGUUGCUGUGUGUAGCAGGAGUGGCAGUCCUGCAAGUUUCCCAUCUGCAGGGCAAGGAAUGCCAGAGAACCGCACACCAUCUCCUUCGCUGCCGUUUCCGCCUCCAGUGACUUCCGCAGUUGCGACCGUUACCAACGAAAGGAAGGGAGUGUCACCUACUACUCUUUCCUCUACUGCUCCAUCGCAGGCACGUCGUCUUCUGUCUCCCAGUGUUACGUCAUCAACGUUGAGGGACUCAGUUUCAAACUCUCCAGCAAAGUCUCUUCUGCCAUCACAGUUUUUGUUUCUGCUGCGGGGGAGAGGUAUUCUGGCGGAUGUCCUCCCGAGCGAGGGGAGGAUCAUACCUACACUUGUGCGACUUUCAAAAGAUGGGCGGGAGGUGCUUCUUCUGGUGGAGCGACUUGAAAGAACUUUGAACGGUCCGUCUAGGACAUCUCCCACAGCUCGAUUCCGUGCAUCGCCAUCACUGUUGUUUGCGCUGCCACAAGGUAAGCGGCAGAAGAUGCAGUGCCCAAGGGAGGAGCGGGCAGCGUCCCAACACGAACAAGAACAGCAGAGAGAAAAGAGCGGAGUCGACAGAAGCUCGAAGCGCCGUGUGCGGGAAAUAUAUCAUUUGUCACUUGUAGAUGGUCUUUUAUUGUAUCCACAUGGUUCUCUUGCCAGUGGGCCCACUGGGAGUAUCAGCAGUAUUGUGUGUGGGACCCGCGCACGGCAAUUGCUACUGAAAUACGCGUGUACACUUUUUGAUAUUGAUAAAGCGCUUUCGUACUUUCUCAUUUUCAUCUCACACGACCGUUCACACCACGAGAACGGAGCCGUAGUAUCAUUGCUGCCGAACCGACGACAUCAAGGUGGUUUUACUGGCGCAGCAGUGUUGGUGUUGCGAUUUCGCUGCCGGUGGGACUGGAUUGCAUUUCUCCUCUCAGUCACUGCAACGACUGCACAAUGGCAACGGACCUCAUCCUUAUCGUAUGGGCGGGCACUGUGGAUGCUCGCAGCGCAGCUGUGGCAGCGCCAGCGCAGCAACUUCGUCUUAUGCACAACAACAAAACACCAUAAGGUUUUGCCGCUUUCGAUUCUCUCCUACUCCCCUGCGCAGAGGGUGGUACGUGCGCCGAGCGCAGGUGCCACCUCUGAGGCUUGUGAACGAAGCAAGAAGGUGCGGGCUGCACCUGCCCGUUUUGCAGUGCCUCCUCCCCAUGAUGGGCGCGACAGCAACGAAAAUGACCACAACACUACUAGUCGUGGUGGUGGUAAACAAUUUAAUAGCGGCGAUGAGGGGUUGCAAACGGGGCAUAGAAGUCGCUUUGGUCUGCGGCCCGUAACCACAUCGAACGGCUUUUUAUUCUGA